CCCAGCAAGUCAAAGCACGUGGCAUGGCCCACAGCGAGAUGCCCCAGGUGAGGUACCACACCACAGUACAAGCUGGCAGGGGCUUCAGCUUGGAGGAGUUAAAGGCAGUGGGCAUCCACAAAAAGGUGGCCUGAACCAUUGGGAUGUCGGGGGAUCCCAGGAGGUGGAACAAGUCUACUGAGUCCCUGCAGGCCAAAGUGCAACAGCAGAAGGAAUACUGCCUCAAGUUCAUCCUCUUCUCCAGGAAGUGCUUGGCCCCCCAGAAGGGAGACAGCUCUGAAAAAGACGUCAGAUUGGCCACCCAACUGACAGGACCAGUCACGCCCCUACGGAAUGUCUACAAGAAGGAGAAAGCCAGGGUCAUCACAGAGGAGGAGAGGAACUUCAAGGCCAUUGCCAGUCUUUGCAUAGCCUGUGCCAAUGCUCAGCUCUUUGGCAUCCGGGCAAAAGGAGCCAAGGAAGCUGCAGAACAGGAUGUUGAAAAGAAAAUGAAAGUGCUGUUGGCAACUUGUGAUUUAAUAAACAAACAAAUAAAUAAAUAAAAAAAAA